CCUCCUCACCACCACCACCCAUCGCUUGCUACGCCCUCUGUCAUUCCCGGAGCUACGCCUUGCUGUCAUUUCCGCGGCGACUCGUGAGGGUGUUCUUGCUAAUGUGCGCACAAGGAAUAGACGGCGCAUUACCCCUUGGCCCAUAACGAAUCGCCUCACACUCGCUCGAGCGACCACCUCACGCAAGGACAACAUCCGAUACUAUUCCUGUGCGACAGCAAUUCUACCAUUGGCGCAUUAUCACGAGCGGCCUCCGCCUUCGAGGCCGUUGGCAUCUGACAGACAUCGCAUUCACCCUCGAUCAUGGACGUGUCACAUGCGCAAUCGGCGCCUGACAGCAGCGACGCUGUCACGGGCGCACAAACACCGCCGCUCAUGUCACCUCCACGAAGCAAAACUCCACCUACCAUCACUGGCAAACGACCGCACAGCGAAGAUUCAACAAUGCGGGCCAAUAGUGAAGCUCUCCAAAGUGGCAGCGAGCCGGUCAGUGCUGUGGCACUCAACAAGGCAUUACAAGAGGUGGGAAAUGCAGGUCAACGAAGAGUCAGCAACCCCGCGGCAAGUCCAAGUCGCAAGCGUCAAAAGGUGCAAGCAAGCGACCGGUUCAUACCAAACCGGUCUGGCCAAGAUCUGUCGGCGAGUUACAACCUCCUCCAUGAAGAUGGAUCACCUGCGACCCCAUCGAAGCUCAACCGCAAAGCACCCGGCGACCUUCACUUUCAAAAGCGAGAUGCGAACCGGAUAUAUUCGUCGAUACUGCGAUCAGAAAUGUUCGACAACGAAGUUCCACAGAUACUCAACGAUCGUUCAGGAUCGCGAGCUCAAACUCCGCCAGUGAACGGCGCCAACUCCACGUCGCUCUUUUCAGGGACAAGUCUCACUCCCUCAACACCCAACAAGAAUCUCUUCUCCUAUGGCCCGGCCGCUCCAGUAUCUCUCACACCACGUUCCAUCUCUCGGACCGAUCGUGGACCGAACAUCAAUUCGAGAUCCGAAAUCUACAGUCUGUCGCCAGUCAAGCACUCAUCUCAGAGCAUGCUUCUAUCUCCGCGAAAGACUCCUCGUGCUGUGAGCAAAGUUCCUUACAAAGUAUUGGACGCACCAGACCUUGCGGACGACUUCUACCUCAAUCUGGUUGAUUGGGGUCCGAAUGAUGUUCUCGCGGUGGGUCUCGGACCAUCAGUCUAUCUCUGGAACCGAGAGACUGGAAAAGUCACUACUUUGUGCACGUUGGACAGUGACAGUGUCACGAGCGUGAGCUGGAUUCAGCGGGGUACGCAUCUUGCCAUUGGCACUACCAAGGGCUUCCUUCAUAUCUGGGACACUCUGGCGCAGAAGCGGUUACGGACAAUGACCGGGCACACGGCAAGAAUUAGCAGUCUUGCAUGGAACGCUCACAUUCUCUCUACUGGCUCACGCGAUCGCUCCAUCCUUCAUCGAGAUGUUCGCUCGCCCCAAAUGUUUCUCUGCAAACUCACAGGCCACAAGCAGGAGGUAUGCGGGUUGAAGUGGAAUUCAGACACCGAGCAGUUGGCGUCCGGUGGCAACGACAACAAAAUCUUCAUCUGGGAUAAAAUGGAAACGCGGCAUCAGCAUCGAUGGGGCGAGGCGGAGGGCGGUCACAAAGCAGCGGUGAAGGCAAUUGCAUGGAAUCCGCAUCAGCGUGGAGUCUUGGCAUCAGGGGGUGGAACGGCGGAUCGCUGUAUCAAAUUCUGGAACACGAUCUCCACUGCGCAAACGACGGCCUCUCACGACACUGGAAGCCAGGUCUGCAACUUGCUCUUCUCUCAGCGAACGUCGGAAUUGGUGAGCACGCACGGCUACUCUCAACAUGCGAUCAACAUCUGGAAAUACCCAAGCAUGACACAAGUGGUCAGCUUGACCGGUCACACGUACCGCGUGUUGUAUCUUAGCAUGAGCCCGGAUGGCGCCAUCAUUGUUACCGGCGCUGGCGACGAGACUUUGCGAUUCUGGGAUGUCUUCAACCAGCCGAACAAGGAGGCGAAGCGAGGCAUCGUGGGCGAGUGGGGUGUGAUUCGUUAGGGUCGGCGCAGCCUACAGCGGAUCCAGUCGAAUUUUGUUACCUUCAAACAGCAUCAUGUUUGACAUGAUUUCCCAGCAUUGGACUAUCACAUCCUCAUUGCUUGAGGGCAUCAGCAGGAAAGCAGCAGUGACC